AUGGCCUCUAGGUAUCUCGUGAUCUUGUGCAUACCUCUUCCACUACCAAGGCGUGAAGGGCGAUCGAAAUAUGACGUCCGAUGUGCCCUAUAACUUGAUGGGCGUAUGCGGAGGUUUGAUAGUGGCCUGCGCAUAUGCGCCUCAACUUGCCCGGGUCAUCAGGAGGAAACAAUCGGCUGACAUCAGCUACACACAUCUGAUGGUUUUCAUGGGGGGAAUGGUAAUGUUUCUCGUCUACUACGGGUACUACGAGCUCUGGGAGUUGUUCUUCCCGUCCCUCAUAUCGAUGUCGUUCGUGAUUUUGCUGCUCGCCGCGAAGAUCCGGAUGGAAGAGUUCCCUCUCCGACCUAGGGCGGCGGCGGCAGGGGCAUCGGUGGCAGUUGGAGACACGCCCGGCGAUGGCGAAAGGAUGACAAACACCUCAAGCGAUGCACAGCCCCUCAUGAGCUCGUGGUAGCCUGUGAUCCCGUCCCGAUCACGUCGAGUGUUCUCGAGCUGUCGAUGAAAAUCACAGGAGUCUAUGUUCCAAGUGACCUUGGUAGUGUGCAGCAGCAGGUUGGGGCGAAAUUUUGCAAGGCCAAGCGGCUAGCUCUUCCCGAAGCUUGAUCCUCUGUCAGGUCCAUUGGCCAUAUAUGCUGGAGAGGUUACAGCUUCCAGAGAAUCCUACCUCCCCAACACUGCCUGCGAGGUUGGUGAGUGUGGUGGUGUGUGGUGGUGUUUUUUUU